CGCGUGUCGCGACUCUGGCGCGUUGCCCUGAGCUUCCAACCCUGCCAAGGCUUUGGUCCUGCAUUCCUUUUGUUAAACACGGGUUCAACCGCAACAUCCUUCUCUGUCGCCCAUCUUCUUGUCAUCACCAUCACAAGUGCACCUCAUUUUGACCGGCUGGUUGCCUGCCGUGGCUCUUGUCGGGCGGGUCUCUGCUCUGCCUUUUACACUAGGUGCACCCUGUGGCUUCCGCCGUGGGGCGCUGGCCCAGCAAAGGGAAUUGCGGGGCUGCAAAACCUCCCACUGCCUGUCAGCCUCGUCGCUGCUGCAGAAACCAAACGACUUGACAGUGCGAGAGAGACAGUCUGCGACCUGCGACCGAGCUGCAUGCAGGCUUCCCUUUUGUCACACCUUCUUUGUUGCUUUUUUUCUCUCACCAACCUGUUGCGACACCUUGCGACCCGCCUCCAUUCCCCCCCUCUCGCAUCUUCGCCACCCCAUCUUUGACCACUCAGCUCCCCUUGCGCCCGCAUGGUCUUCCUUCGCGCAUGGCCGACUUCCUGAACGGCUUUCGUGCCAAACGGCGCGAGCACGAAGCUCACAUGGAGGAGCUGCAGCGCGGUGGUAGGGUCAUUGGUUCUCCGAUGUCGCCAACGCCAGAGCCCGACGCCCCCGCCAACCACCGCGAACCGCCCUCCAAUGCGAGCCCCAAGUCGCCAAAGAAGAAGAAGAAGAGGAAGAAGCAUCACCGCAAGCACACGGACAGCGACCCCGCCGAACCAACCGAUCCCGCCGAUGCCGCCGAUGCCGACAACGCCCCCUCUCGCGAGCACAAGAAGAAGCACAGGGGCAAGAAGAAGUCGCGCUCCAACAAGGCCAACGGUGUCCAGAGCCCCGACGGUGAACAAGCCCGAGGCUCCCCACCGUCCGCCCAACUGCCCAUCACCAACGGAGUCACAGAGCAACCCCCAACCUUGAGUUACGAAGCGGCGGAGCAAGAGUCGGCCGCCGGAAGUAGUAUGGGCAGUCUGCACCAAGUCAGUCCAAGGCAGCUCAAAACUGAGCCCUUCGUCGAACCUUCGCCCUCGCCCGACAUCGACGUUCCGGAUAACGAGCUGCCCUUCCGUAUCGCCGACAACAGCAUCGUGGAUGGGUACCGCGCUCGCCAGAAGUCCCCGUUUAUACACAAGCGGGAAAUGUCCAUCGCCGACAAUCCCGACCCUGAACCCGACAGUGAUGACGAAGCAUCCCUUCCACACCUUCAGCCCAGUCAGGUCAAGCCAGAGCCACCGUCGUCAGAAAGUGAGUCCGACUUGGCAUCACCAAGCGCAGCUAGGUUGGCGAGGCUUUCCAGAUCCAGGUCGAGGUCCGUGUCUCGCCCGCCGACCUUGAACAAGCCCACCGAUCAGAAUCCGUUUGCCGGCGGCCGAUCCCCAUCCCUUGCUCCUAGUCGGUCGUCAACUGGUUCCAACCAGAGCAUCCCAGCUCGGACCCAAGAACCUCGCCCGGCUUCGAGAGCCUCAACCCGGUCGUCCGCGAGGCAGGACGUCCCGGUAAUCGGUGAUCCAAUGGAUGUGGAUGCUCCGAACCUCGCCAAUGGACAUGCCAGUCCUGAAAAGAAACAACCCAGACGACCAAAGUCCGCCAGGAAGCCGAAGAACUACCAGCAGAUCGAGCUCCUGAUUGCGGAGACGACUGAUGCCGAGCAAGGUUCCAGCCGCCAGCAUCAAAGUCAGAACACAACAUCAAGCACGAGUGUGGAAAAGGUCUCAGAUUGGCUCGCGCAGCCUGCUCGGAGGAGAACGCAUGUGGAUGUGAUUGAAGAGUCCGACCAUGAUGAUGUUGAACUGGGCGCAGAGGCCAUUAGGCACACUGUUGAUGAGGAUGAGGGCGACAUGGAGCAGGCAAUACAAUCACAGCUUCAGGAGCAGGCUGGUGCUCAAGACAUAGAGCCACCUGCUGUCAACAAACCCGAGGUGUCUGCGGGCCAGCCCCAGAAGGCCAAGAAGAAGCGGUGCCUGCAUUCAAACAACUCGCUCUCGCUCUCGCAGCUGGAGGACGAUUUCGGCGAAGGGGAGAACCACAUUCAGUCUCGGAUAUCCUUGUCACAAAAGUCGAAGCUGAAAGAUGUCAUGCGAGGGGACGCGAAUAGCCCCAGGGAAAUUGAUCCAUCACCGAAACAGUCCAAGCCGAAGCGCAAACGGCGCACCAAUGAAGUCUCGGAGGAUGAGAUGGAAAACUUGCUCGCAGGCCCGUCCAGGCGGAAGAAGUCCAAGAAGACGAACAAAAGUCUGGGCGCCAGCGAUGAUGAGAGGACCGAAGCCAGACCCAAAAGAAAGAGACUGCCACAAGGCGAGACGGCCACCGGCCCCUGGACUACGGAGGAACUCACGGCUCUGGGUCAGGUCGUGGAUCAAUUUCGAAGGUCUUAUGACAUGGAUCAACAAGAAGUCAACGCUAUGAUUCACGAACGCCCUCAAUAUACGAACCCAAUGCACAAGGAGUUUUGGGAGGGUGCUGUUGCGGCCAUUCCGAAGAGAAGCAGAAAACAGAUUGUUGAACGGACUCGAAGACUGUACAACAACUUCGUCGGUCGUGGCCGCUGGACUACAGUCCAGAAAGAGGAGUUGCACGAACUCUUCCAAAAGCACGGCACAAAGUUCGUUGUGAUUUCUGGCUUGAUCAACCGCGAUCAAAAGGAUAUCAGAGAUUACUGGCGUAAUCAUUACGUCGUCUUUGAGCAACAGCGCAAGUACUACUGGAAGUCCGAUGAGACCGAAAAGCUCAAACAAGCGGUCGAAGAAGCACUCCACAAGAUUCGCAUCCAGCGGGAAAACAAUGACCAGUUUCGUCCUAGACCACGCGCCAAGGGCUUAGAUGACGAGUCACUGCUUGAUUGGCAACAGAUUAGCUCAGCCAUUGGGCUCAUCCGCAGCCGGCAGCAAUGCCGGUGGAAAUGGCAGGAGAUGAAAGACAAGGGCGCCGUCGGGGAGGAGAACGAACACCUUCCCAAGCCUGCCCCCGAGUCCAGGACUAUCAAUGGCGUCAGUGAGGCUCUGGCUAACGCUCGAGAGGACUACCGUCUCAUGAGCGACGAGGAGAAAGUUCAAUUAAUCGAGGCAAUACACGAUUCGGGCGCUGCCAGUGACUCCAAGAUUCCUUGGAAGUCGCUCGUGGAUGAGCGCUUCAGGAAGAAAUGGCGGCGCCCCACCCUUAAGUUGGUCUGGUUUCGGCUACGGAAACAAGUGCCGAACCACGAAGAGCAGGAUGUCGAGACUAAUGCUCGAUACUUGCUUAACUAUAAUAACGUCCAACAGUCCCUGCCACUCAUCGAAGAUCACCAGGCAGAUGACCAAGCAGAGGAGAAACUCGUGAAUGGGGCUCCCGGGAGCAAGUUAUGGCGGACCGCAUCUCAGGAGCCCCGGGCUGUGAGGGAGAGACAACGGCGCUCGAGCAGCGCAAGUAGCCGUGCCAGCAGCCGCGCCCGCGAGAAGGUGUCCAGCGAGAUCCUCAGGCUUCCGCGCGGCGCCGAUCAAGAACGAGGGCGAAAGCGCAGCCCCAGACUGGGCAGCCCUGACCUCGGCCAGGAAGACGUGGGCGCUGCGGAGGGGGUCCCGCAGCCAUCGGCAAGCAAGAGAAAGGGGAAGAGUUCUCGCGGAAGGAACGGUGAGGAAGGAGUGCCCGUGCGGGUACCGAAACACCUGAACGGUGAAGCGGCCGCGGAGCAGUAGCUGCUGUGGUUGCUCAGCCAUCAAGCUGGAUCGGGGUGUGAGGCGAAACAUUCUUGCACAUCGAACUUAGAUUAUAUUGUUGCAGUAUUACAAUGGCUAACUAACGUAGCUAACACACUCUACAGCCACCAGAACACUUGGUUUUGUUCACACCG